AUGGCUCCUGUCACGAAACAAUACGAUUACAUUGUCAUUGGAGGAGGGUCGGGCGGAAGUGGUACAGCCAGAAGAGCCAGUGGAUGGUAUGGCGCAAAGACGUGCAUCAUUGAUGCCGGGGUGUCAGGCGGCACCUGUGUCAAUGUUGGAUGUGUACCGAAGAAGAUGACGUGGAACUUCUCCUCAAUCAAUGAGGCCAUAAAGGCAGGGCGCCACUACGGCUAUAAUUUCGACAAUGGCUAUUCGUUCGACUUCAAGAGCUUCGUUGAGAAAAGAGAUGCUAGAAUAAAAGUCCUGAAUGGCGCAUACGAGACCAACUGGGCGAAAGAAGGAAUCGACUUGAUUCACGGCACCGCGACGUUUGUCGGCGAACAUGAGAUGGAAGUCAAGCCCAAGGACGGCAGCGAACCCUUCAGGAUCACGGCGCCACAUAUUACUAUUGCAACGGGCUCAUAUCCGACGAAGCCCGAGAAGAUUGCAGGGUCAGAAUAUGGCAUUACCUCUGACGAAUAUUUCUUGAUCAAGCACCUCCCGAAGAAAAUGGUGUUCGUUGGGGCAGGGUAUAUCGCCGUCGAACUCGCAGGAGUGAUGAAUGCCAUUGGAGUGGAGACACAUUUAUUCAUCAGACACGAUACUUUCCUUCGGAAAUUCGACCCAAUGGUCCAGGAGACCAUGACCAAGCAUUACGAGGAGCUGGGAAUCCACGUUCACCGCAACCACCCAGGCAUCAAAGAGGUCAUUCAACUUCAAGCAGCCGCAGAUGCGUCCGAUCCGCGUGAAAAGCAGCUGAAGCUCGUCAUGAACGAUGGCACGGAAAUGAUCACCAACGAACUCCUAUGGGCCAUUGGGCGAAGUCCCGAGAUCCGUGACCUAGGGAUGGACAAGAUCCCUAUCAAGCGCAACGAAUCCGGCCACAUUGUGGUGGAUAAGUACCAGAACACAUCGGUCGAGGGUGUCUAUGCGCUGGGAGACGUGACAGGCCAGGCUGAGCUCACCCCUGUUGCCAUUGCUGCCGGGCGACAGCUGGGCAACCGACUGUUUGGGCCUCCUGAACUCAAGGACUCUCAUCUGGAUUAUGACAAGAUCCCCUCUGUGGUGUUCUCCCAUCCCGAGGUUGGGGCCACUGGUUUGACAGAACCACAAGCCAUUGAGAAAUAUGGCAAAGAGAACGUGAAGACAUACCACACCAAAUUUUCUGCCAUGUACUAUGAUGUAUUCCCGCCGGAAGAGAAGAAGAAAGAGCCUACUGAAUUCAAGGUCGUCACUGUUCUUCCAGAUGAGAAGAUCGUUGGCUUGCACAUCCUAGGCAAAGGAUGUGACGAAAUGAUGCAGGGCUUCGGCGUUGCCGUCAAGAUGGGCGCCACGAAGAAGGACUUUGAUUCAUGUGUUGCCAUCCACCCAACGAGUGCAGAGGAACUGGUCACUCUGAGAUAG